GUGGCGGUGGCGGUGGCGGUGGCGGCGCGCGGGGAUGGAGCGGCCGUGGCCGCCGCUCGGCCGGUCUUUCUCCUCUACAAGGAAGCUUUGUUGCCGAGAUUUACUUUGGAAAUGACCUGCUGUACUGACUGCAGAUGUCUGCAAAUGUAGAAGCUGAUAAAUCAUAUCUUCUUCCCUCCCCUGACUUUCCUGUUUCCUGUGGAAUUUAUACUUCUAAUUUUUUUUUAAAGUUAGACCUCUGUUGAUGACAUUUGGAUUACAACUGUGAGCAUAUCUAUGCAAAGAGAUGAGCUACCCUGAGCACUUUUGAGUUCUGUUCAGUGGMGGAACUGCUGUGGGUCAGCCAUGCUAAAGGGGAAGUGAUGGAGAUAAGCAUGAGAUCACCGUGGCACAGCUGCAUGUGUAGUCACUCUUGAAGCAAUUGCACACCUAAUUGGCUGACAAUCUUGGCAUUUUCAAAAUAAACACAAGCCUUUUAAAGAGAGGGGACAUAUGUAUGUAUGAAUAGUCAAAUAAACCUGUUGGGUGUCAUCAAUGGAGCCGUCUGGCACUGAACAGUUGUGUGAUGACCCUGAUCCUGGAGGCAAAUCCCAAGAUCAAGAGACAAAAAAACAACAUGAAUCAGAGCAAAAAUUAUCCAAAAUAACGCAUAAUGCUUUGGAGAACAUUAAUGUCAUUGGUCAAGGCUUGAAGCACCUGUUCCAGCAUCAGCGCAGGAGGUCUUCUGUUUCUCCACACGAUGUCCAGCAAGCUCAGGCUGAGCUGGAGCCUGACCUGGAUUUGGAAAGCCAAAGCGUCUGUGCUGACAUUGAUGGUGUCUCCACCCACCCCACAGCUCUGAACCGGGUGCUUCAGCAGAUCAGAGUGCCACCUAAAAUGAAGAGAGGGACCAGCCUGCACAGCAGGUGGGGCAAGGCAGAUGCCCCGAAAGGAAGCCCGCAGAUCAACAGAAGGUCUGCUCAGGAUAUUCAAUCGGGUCGGCCCAGAUCWUCAUCCACUACAGAUGCUCCCACAAACUUGUCUGUGAUGGAGAUUGCUUCUUCUAUCUAUGUAGGUGGAGAGGAGGCCGCAGCGGCAGCAAUUGAGCGACUGGAAGUCAGCAGCUUGGCGCAGACCUCCAGUGCCGUGGCCUCCAGCACUGAUGGCAGCAUCAACGCAGACUCUGUGGAUGGGACCCCAGAUCCGCAGCGGACAAAAGUGGCCAUCACACACCUACAGCAGAAGAUACUGAAGCUGACGGAGCAGAUCAAAAUUGAGCAAACAGCCCGUGAUGACAACGUGGCAGAGUACCUGAAAUUGGCCAAUAAUGCAGACAAGCAGCAAAGUGCCCGCAUUAAGCAAGUGUUUGAGAAGAAAAAUCAAAAGUCAGCUCAGACCAUCUUGCAGCUGCAGAAGAAAUUGGAACACUACCAUCGAAAGCUGCGAGAGAUUGAACAGAAUGGGAUCCCUCGGCAGCCAAAGGAUGUCUUCAGGGAUAUGCAUCAGGGUUUGAAAGAUGUUGGAGCAAAAGUCACUGGCUUCAGUGAGGGAGUGGUAGACAGUGUAAAAGGUGGGCUUUCCAGUUUUUCCCAGGCCACGCAUUCAGCAGCAGGAGCUGUGGUUUCCAAACCCCGGGAGAUUGCCUCCCUCAUAAGGAACAARUUUGGGAGUGCAGACAACAUUGCUAAUCUGAAAGACUCCUUAGAAGAAGGCCAAGAUGAUGGGACAGGAAGCAAGGCUCUAGGUGUUAUUCAGAAUUUUCAGUCAAGCCCAAAAUAUGGCAGUGAAGAGGAUUGCUCCAGUGCCACAUCAGGCUCGGUGGGAGCCAACAGCACAACAGGGGGCCCUGUGGGAGCUUCCAGCUCCAAAACAAACACUCUGGAUAUGCAGAGCUCAGGGUUUGAUGCAAUACUGCAUGAGAUUCAAGAAAUUCGAGAGACACAGGCAAGACUGGAAGAAUCAUUUGAGGACCUUAAGGUUCGCUACCAGAGGGAUUAUACACUGAUAAUGCAGACCCUGCAGGAGGAGCGGUACAGAUGUGAAAGACUUGAGGAGCAGUUAAAUGACCUGACUGAGCUCCACCAGAACGAGAUCCUCAAUUUAAAACAGGAGCUGGCCAGCAUGGAGGAAAAGAUUGCCUAUCAGUCUUAUGAGCGAGCYCGGGACAUCCAGGAGGCCCUGGAAGCGUGCCAGACACGCAUCUCCAAGAUGGAGCUGCAGCAGCAGCAGCAGCAAGUGGUGCAGUUGGAGGGGCUGGAGAACGCCACGGCCAGGAACCUACUGGGGAAGUUCAUCAACAUCUUGCUAGCUGUCAUGGCUGUCCUCCUUGUCUUCGUCUCCACUGUGGCCAACUGUGUCGUGCCCCUGAUGAAGACUCGCAAUAGGACGUUCAGCACUUUAUUUAUAGUGGUUUUCAUUGCCUUUUUGUGGAAGCACUGGGAUGCCAUCAGUGGCUACUUGGAACGGUUCUUGUCUCCCCCCAGAUGAUGGCGGCAGGAAUGGGCUGCGCCGCUCGCUCCUGGCGCUCUCGGUGAGCAAGUGUGGCAAAGAUUAGUCAGCARCUACUCCGCUGAAGUUUUAAAGUGUCCGAGUGAAUUUGUUUACAUUUAGAAUAACGUUUUUUCUCUGCAAGAUGCAUUGCAAUAGUAUUUUUUAGAUUUUAUUCAAGAACUCUUUUGGUGAGAAUCCUGGAUAAUUUUUAUGUAGCAUGGUUCUCUUUGGAUGCAAAUCUUAAGAUUCUUUAAAGUGUACAAAAGAAAUGAAAAAAAUACAGAAAUUUGGAGCAUACCAAUGGGCAAUUAAAUUGUGGCUUGAACUACUGUCCUAAACCGGUCAGGAAGAAGAGAACAUGAUUAACUUAAGAUGAGCAAAGCUCAAUCUAGUGCACAGCCUUGAAUGAUGGUACCACAGCAAACCUGUAACACUAAACUUUUACUGUGAAGUCUGCUCACAUUCCAUGUCCAAAUGUAUGCGUUCAGAGUGGUUUCUUUCCUUAACAAGAGAAAAACAACGUGUGGAUCCCUCUCCCAGCUCAGCAUCUGAGUUCGCCGUUUGUGCUAACCUGACUUCAGUAACUUUUUGUAAGGCUGGCUAACUUGGCUGAGUGUAUGGAGUGGAAGCCUCAUGCCAUACACAGUAACUGCACAGUCAUGCUACAGUAUUUUGAAGUAGUCCUUGACAUACUUAUCUUUAAGCUGAAGCCCUUGGUCGCACUUUUAAGGUUUUUUUUAAUAUAUGUAUAUUCACAGAUUUAAAAAAAUCCGAACAGCAUACUUGAAGAGUGUAAUACUCAAACUCUCAGUGCUUCCUUAUUGUUUCUAAUAGGAUUUUUUAUUACUAUUAUUAUAAUUAUUAUUAUUAUUAUUAUUGGGGGAUUUUUUGGAAGGGGUUGGGGGGUCAUUACUUUUUUUUUCUUUCAAAUAAAGAAGUGAUGUUUUUAAAUGAAGAAAUGCGUGAAUAAUUGUGAGCCGUCUUGUCCUGCAGCAGUUCUGAGGAGGGCAGAGAGUAGUUUCUAGUGUCAGCCUGUUGAACACAGCACUAUAUGCCAUUUGUCUGUCCUCCUGAGCAUACAGAUGCAGCAUCAUGGAAAACACCYGUCUUCUCCACACCUUUUUGUCAUGCUGGGCUUUUGUUUUUUUCCAGAUGUGAAGGAUAGUAUGUUUAUAUUUUUUGUUUGCAUGUCAUCUCCCAUUUCUGGCCUCAGGAUAAGAACAAGGAAUUUCUGUUCAUCUCUUCUUAGGGAAAAGACAGGUUAAGGAAAAAAAUAGACUCAACAGUUGACUUAGAAGAAUGGUUAUCUUAAAAAUAGCUCUAAUUUUUAGAAAAAAAACCCUGAAAAGUGAAACCAAAGUUUUCCUCCUGUCAGGCUCUGGUAAGAUCAUUUGUGUGUCUGUGUCUGUGGUGUGCCAUAGAGAGUAUCCUCCUUUUCAGCCACAGGGGUCAGCACUUGGUGCAGACACCUUUACAAAUCUCUAAAGGAAAUGUCAGCUUCAAAUGUAACCCCAAAUCCUCGCAAUGUGCCAUUGCUGGUGACCUGUUCCUACAGGCAGCCAGCCUUUAAGUCCAAGGAAUCUGUGUUCACUCUGUGCUGGUUUUUAACUGCUGUCCCUUUCACUAUAACAGUGCCAAGAUUCAUCUUUUGUCUCCAUGAAAUCUAAAAAGACUCCAGGAUUCUCUCAAAGCCAUUUAAGGUGUUUAGUUAGGUCUUAUGUUUUCYUUCCUUCCUUCUUUCCUUCCUUCCUUGAUCAGCUUCCCUCUAGGAACCGUAUGUUGUCCCAAUGUCCUGAACCAGCUGAAAUCAUCCAUAGGCACAUAUGAGACAUGUACAUCAUGGAUACACAMACACAUACACAGGCCUUGUGCUGUGAUGCAGAUUCCAGGUUCUGAGAAAUUCCCUCARACAAGGUUAAUGCAUUGAGUGUUUUCUGAUUGCCAGUAGAGGCAAGCCCUCCACUAUCCACUCUUUCUUCCUCCAAAGGUUUUUUUUUUCCCGUAGUCACAGGAAACUCAGGUGGCCCUCCCCCAGGGAUCCGAGCACACCUCUCUGUCACUAUGUGCACUAAUCCUUUCCUGUCCUAAUUAAAACACAAAUUGCCAYUUGCAGCUGACUCAAGCCAAAACUGUUUGUGCUUUCUGCAGUGCCACAGCCAGAACAAAGGUGCAUGGCCAUUCCCUCCCUUGGCUGUGCUCCUGGCUCCAGUGAGGCUCUUCACUAGUGACUCACAUUCCUUGAGUAACUAUCAGCUUCCCAUUAUGCAGGUUUAGUCAGAAACAAAUGUGUGAAUAACUAAGAACUGAUUUGGCACAUAACUGWAAUGCUUUGUUGCCUUUAUUUCUGAGACCUGGCCUUUGUACCUCUUCUCAGUUYUGUUCACACUAGAAUUGCUUAUGGUAGGUUUUUAUGUGGUCAAAGCAGGAAGGAUU